GAAUAAAUUGUUAUGAACGUUUGCAAAAUUGAAAUCUCGUGUGCUGAAAACAUCGAUAUUUCGGGUGAUAUAUCGCUGAAUUCCCGUCGCGCGCUGACAAUCCACUUGUCAAUGUGUUUGUUUUGGUUCUCUCAUCUUAUUAUACAGAGAUUUAUGAUUCUCAGAAAAAGUAUUAUAAAUGCCACUGUGCAGUAGUUCUUAUCAGCUGGAUUUGUAGUUCACAAGCUCCAGAGUGUUCCUGAACAGUAGUUGUGCCAUUUGGUAGUGCCGAAUCUCUUGAGAAUCUCGAGAAAUAUCAAGAAAAACAUCAGCAGACAAUAAGGUGGUAAAAUGGAAGAAGUGGUCGUGAUUCAUGACUUUGCCCGAUGACGUAGUGGGGAAUUUAAUUUAAUGACCCGAAUUGCCCCGCAAGAUCAACAAUGCCAUCGUCUUGAUAUCCCAACUCGGAGGCAGACUUUCAGUACUAGUUCUUCCGUGAAACUGUUUGGAUCUCAAGAUGGGCUUCUCCUCGGACUUGGACAAUGACUUCCACUAUCCAUUCCACUCCCAUGAGGACCACUUUGGUUCUCAUGAGGACACGGACUUACAAUUUCACGACGAUGAUCACGGUUCUUCCUUUCGGAUGGACAUCUUCAUCCCCAUUGUGGUGUGCUUCGUGAUCUUCCUCCUCUGCACCCUCUGUGGCGUCUGCUGCAGGAAGAAGCGCAACGCCGGAGCGAUAUUCUCAUCUCCCGUCAUUGUGACCUCAUCCACCCACACAACGGCCGCUGGCCCUUAUCCAGUGACUGUGGCUGUUCCUGCCGCCACGAUACAGCAGACAGCCGCGCCCUAUGGCCAGCCGGGAGUCUAUCCGAUGCCACAGACUGGCUAUUCAGCGCCUUAUCCGCCUGCACAGACCCAACAGGCAGCAGCUCCUUAUCCGCCCGCCUCGGGCGCCGGCUCGAGCAUGCCAAUGCCGGGCAAUCCAACCGGCAUGAACCCGCCAUCGUACGACCAGGUCGUGGGCAACGACGCCUACCAGAAGCAGUCACCCUACAAUCCCAGCUACGGUGGCAACUAAGCUGUGUCUCCUCAGAUAAAGCAGUGACUUAAUGUUACUUCAAGUGGUGUUUUCUCUGCAUUUUCCCCACAAUCAGUGUGCGUCUACUAAGAAGGUUGCCUACAAAACAGCAGAAAUACUAUUUCUAUCUUCCUUUAUCUGUCUUCAAAAGUAUUUUCCCAGAAAUACUCCCAAGUUUUCUUUCCCAAAAACAUAAACUUUUCAAGUUUACAUAAAAAAAAAUAGAACAUAUUUUGUAUUGAAAUUUAUGGAAUAUUGCGAAGGAUAGAGAUUUUGAUGGGUGCCUUGAAUUUUGAUAAGAAGCACCCUAUACAAAAGAGUGAUAAUUUAUUUUUACUUACCAUUUAUUUUCUACCAUUAAAACACUAGAUAAAUAUAAUCAAAAUAUACCAACACAGAUUUGAUGUUUCUAUUGGCAUUGUUGAGGCUACAAAUGACUCAAGUAUUUUGGAAUUAUUGAUGCCUUGUGGGAAGAGUUUAUGGCUCUGAAAAGAAACCACAAGUGGAAAACGAUGUUGAAAUGAUGUUUUUCAUUAGCCAUAAGUUUCUUGAAUUUAUAGUCAUUUUAAGUUUAAAGUUCGCUUUAAGUUGAUUCACUGAAACAAAGUGUGUAGAAGUAUUUUGAAUGGAUUUAAAUAAAUGAGUAUUUAAAGAA